CUCAAGUAACAGUGAAUAUCCUCUGUACAUCGUCUACAAAAACAGUCGUGGAAAGUACUUUCAUUAUCCAAUAUUGGAGCGAUAUGACGAGAAUCUCAAGACAUCGUUGUUAUACGUUGAUUAUGGCGAUGAUAGAUGUGCCGAGUUCAUGCGUCUUGGUGCGUUGAUCAAAUAUUAUUGUGAACGUGUUCAUACGAAAACGAAACUGAAUUUCAGUACAUAUGCGUCGUUGCAUUCGUAUUCGCAG